GCAAAUUUGUUUUCAUUAGUUUCACAGCACCAUCGCCAUAUUGUACUAGUCUUCAUCGCCAUGCUUUGCCACUUGAAGUAUGGUCUAUUCAUAUUCUUUGCAUUUUGGGUGGUUGCCAUUUCGUGGUCCAUCAAUAAGUAUUUACUGGAGGCAAAGGAAGUGCCAAUUGAAGAAAUGACCACUGUGUGGCAGGAGCACAAGAACUGGGGCAAGUCCUUUGUAGAAAAACAACAUUGCAGCCCCGCCUUCCUUGACCUAUAGCAGAAUCACUGCAACCUUGCCUUCAUUCUACCAAUGCCCACGGCGACUAAAUCUUGAAAUCUAAG